UGCAGGUUGCAUUUUAACUAUGACACGAAUAAUAACAUCAACCCUGUGGACAACGAAGGAUACACUUUUGUCCUAUGCAAUAUCACCGUGAAAAACCCUGAUUCAGAUGUGUCUACAACGACACCUCCAGUCGCCUCAGAGAACAAAUCGGUCAUGGAUAUCAAUAAUCCUAACUUAUGGUACAUCAUCGGAGGAGUGGGUAUCAUCGUGCUUUUGAUCAUUAUGAUAGGGCAGACCAUAGCUCUGUGUUACUUCAGAAAAAAAGCACAACCGCAGCGUAGAAUGGACAAGAUGACACCCAGAAGUACAUUCGACAGAGGUGACCGAGCAAGAUACAGCGCGCCACCGUGCAAGAAAAGUAAAGACCCAAUCCCGGAGUGUGACAGAGACAGCCAUAUCUACGAGUUGGUGGUUGUCAACGGAAAUUACAACAAGGCCUGUGAGUUGGCAGCAGCAGUUGAGAGCGAGGCAACCAUACGGAGCAUCAGAGACAGACCUCCGUUACCCCUGCCACAUGGUAAUAACCAUAGAGAAAUAAGUACCAACAGAACAACGAAGAAAUGUAAAAAGCAGUCGCGCAUGGCGUCCAUGGCUACAAACUUGAGACUCUCCAUCACCGGCUCCAGCAACUUAAGAAGCAAGAAAAAGGAGCUGCCCCCACCGCCUGUGCAGAAUUCUAAAAAAGCACCAGCUCGUCCACCGAAGCAGGUAGACGCAGAAAGCCUCCCUGGGUCCCUGAAGCGCCCGGCCAAACCCGCUUCCGCUUCCGCCGCUUCUUCUGCACCCGCCUUUAAACCCAGUACCAUACCUAAGAAUACUGCUACUGAAUCUCCAAUGUCAGAAUUGAAGAACAUUUUCAAGAACAGGAACAUUGGAAAAGACACAGCAACAUCUUCCCCGAAGGCUACAUUAGAAACGAAAAACCCCCCAAAACUCCAAACAAAACCGAUCCAACCCACAAACUCAGUUCAACCAAAACAACCACUAAUUGCUGCCAAACCUGGUGUUCAACCAAAUCAAAUGAAACUAAUUCUACCAAAGAUAGAAACGAGUUUAAAAACUCCUAAACCUAUAGAACCUGCUAUAUCACCAACGAAACCUCCUUUAGUGAAAAAACCGCAGCCAACUGUGUCGAACGCUUCACAAAAUUCAAAAUGGCCCCAUGUUUUAACAGAAACACAACAGGCCCCAAAGUUGGCCCCUGUGAAACAAAAAGUCCAAAAGUCGCCGAUUCAAAAUCGUGCGCUGCCAAAACCCGGGAGACCAUUACCGCCGGAUCCAGUGCUAGAGGAUGAUAUGCCAAUAUAUCAGAUGGCUGAUGGUGACACACCAGAUUCGGAAGACGAUGAAGAAUGGACAUAUGAACCACUAGAACAAUACAACAUAUACAAUAAUUAA